UAUUGGAAUUUCAGCUUCAACAUCAGUCCUUCAAAGAAUAUUCAGGACUGAUUUCCUUUAGGAUGGAUUGGUUGGAUCUCCUUGCAGUCCAAGGGACUCUCAAGAGUCUUCUCCAUUAUUUUGCUUAUUGGAUAUUUGGAUUACUGUUUUUCAUCAAAUCUGGGAUAUUUGGGGGCAUCUCUUCAAAUAUUAUUCUUGUACUUUAUUUCCUCUGUCUCUUACUGGUAUUCACACCAUCUGUAUGUUGUGCUUCAUGCCGGCCCGUUUCCCCCUAGGCUUCUGUCCUUUAUCUUUUCCCUCUGUGGCAUGAGGCUGCACACUCUCCGCUGAUGUCCUCAGUUCUGCAGCUCGAGUCUACUGUUGAGACACCACAAUUUUGACUGUAGGCAUUGCACUUUCCCAUAAUUGCUUCAUACCCAGCUGGUUCCUGUCUAUAAUUCCUGUCUUUUUAUUGGUGUUUCCACCGGGUGAGACAUUGCCCUCAUGCUUCUGCAUGUAUCUCCUGAAGCAUAGUUUUCUCAAGCUCCUUGAACGUACUUACACGGGUGACUUUGCCUGUUCAUUACACUGUCUGGGCCUCUCAGAGGCAGCUUCUCCCGCUUUCUUCUUGUGUGUGGACCCACGGUCCUGUUUCUUUGUGUUUCUGGUCAUUUUUCUGUUGAAACCAAGGCCUUUCUGGUAAUGCAUUAUAGCCGCUCUAGACCCUACAACCAUCCUUCUCUGUGGCCAGUUUUUGCUUGUGUAUCUCUUAUGGAUUAUUUUCAAGAAGUCUGUUUCCACUCCUUGGAGAUGUGGCCUUGGGUCUGUGCAGCCACUCUGGGGUGACAAGGGUUUGCUGGCUGUCUGUGUUACACUGUCUGACUCUCUCAGCGUCAUGCCUGGGUGUUACACUCCUCUGAUUAUGGCUCAGAUGCUCUGCUUUCCUGACAGCGCCCUGGGGUGUAAAUUGUCCUGUGUUGUUGUUGUUCAGUCGCUCCAACUCUGUGACCCCAUGGACGGCAGCACGCCAGGCUUCCCUGUCCUUCACCAUCUCCCAGAGCUUGCUCAAACUCGUCUGUUGAGUCAGUGAUGCUGUCCAACCAUUUCAUCCUCUGUCGUCUCCUUCUCCUCCUUCCCUUAUCUUUCCAGUGAGUCUGUUCUUCACGCCAGGUGGCCGCCAGCCAGGGCCCCUCUGCAGCGGUCGUUAUUGAGCAGAUUUGCAGUUUGUUCUUACCCUGGCAAGACCGUUCUCCAACGUCUCCUCCUGGCUUUCUGCUGACUGGCAGCCACAAUUUAGCCUGCUGUCAGGAGCGAGCCACCAGCAUCCUCUGACUCAGUCACACCAUCUCCGCUGUCUCAGCUGUAGGCGUGAGCUGCCCCGCAGUCCAUGUCAGAGGAUCAGUUUCUUAGGGUGGAGUUCGGCGCUCUCUAAUCUUGUGGUUUCCCCCUUGCCCCGAGUGGCCUCUGAGACCUCACUCCAGAGGUGGGGUGCGGACCCACUUCCCUUGGGACAGCCUGCUUUAUGAGCGGCUCUGGUAGGGCAGUAGCCUCUGGUCUCCUUGGCUUGCCUCUCCCAGCCCGGAGCCCUGCCCUGCCAGUGGGCUGGGCAGCGUGAUCAGGGCCCUGCCGUUUUCGCCUGGGACAGAAACUCUGAGCUAUGAAUGAGGUGGUGCAGGAGGGGAGCUUUCCCUUGCUGCCACAUUCACCAGUAAUACAGCCUCUGCCACUCGGACCUGAGCGAUAGAAAUGGCAACGGCCCAGCCUUGGGGCGGCUGGGAUCCCGGAGAACCGGGCACCUCAACUCCUCGGCCACGGCCACCUGCAGUGGUGCCUCCAUCACGCUCGGGCGGGUCCCUCAGGCUCCCCGCUCUUACUGACAUCUAGUAGAUUCUCUUAAAUACGCGUUGCCUCAUUUGCUGUGUGCCCUCAACUUUGAGAGACUUCAGUGGCCCUUUUUAAUCAGCUCUCACCAGCCGUGGACAUCUGCCCGGGGCAGACCGGCCAAGACCCUCGCGCCUCUGUCCUGGAGCCAGAGCCUGGAAGCCAGGCUUCCCCUCGAGGGCUCAGGUCUCUGAAGGGCAGGAAUCCUGCUGACGGUGGGCUCCGACCUCAGUGGCGGCAACUGGAGAGCCCCCAGGAGGUGACUGAGAAUGUCCCGUGGAAGGUCUUGCCGGCUCAGGAGAUCAACUGUGGGGGACUGGACAAAGGAGCCCGCUCCAUGCCGAGCACUGUGGAGACUUAGGGAGUAGGUGUGGGACAGGAAGAGGCUGCAGGAGGGGGUCUGAAACUCUCGGUAGUCACGGACAAGCUCCUGGUGACGCCCCCUGCUGGCCCCCCCUCUGAGUGGCAGGGCCCAGGGCUUUGUGUUCAGGCAGCUGGUGAAUGGUGACAGGGCGGGCAUCCGCCUCCCCUCCGCUCAGGCAGGGAGGGUGUCCUGUAUGUUGAGUAUGUGGAACAAUGGAUGAGCCAUCCUAGGUGUGUGAUGGUUGAAUGGUUUAAUGACUGUUGAAAGAAAACAGAGAGGAAAAGGCAUGUGGACACAGGUGGAUUCGGUGGGGGGCAGGCUCCACGUGAGGUGUCCGGGGUCACCCAGCUGCAGAAAUGCUGCUUGUCUUGAGUUCCAGAAAAGAGGUUUGAGUGAAAGGUACAGAUCUGGAAGUGAGACAGCAGAUUGUAAAAGAAGGGAAGGGGCGGACUGAGGUCAUUCUGGGAAGGUGCUCCGAGAACAGGAGAAAACGUGGUCCGAGGCUCGCAUUCCUGAAGGGCAUGUCUGAGCGUCCCUGCUGCUUUGCCCACACUUCAUAGCUGUGUCUGGUCUCUGCAAGAGGAGAACACAGGUGCAUUUUCCUUGCAGGUUAAAGAGCUCUUUUCUUCUCUGGGAGUUGACUGUAACAUCUUGGAACUUGAUCAAGUUGGUAAGUAGGUAGAACGGUUUGUACCUGUUGUUUGUAAUCAGCGCCCACAAGAUUGACUUCUUUCCUUGUAUUGCCUUGUUCAGUUCAGUUUGCUCCCGUCUCUUUGGGUUCAAAGAGCUGAUUUCACCUACCUGCAAGCUGAACCCCGCAGAAGAUGAACCUGUAUGUGGAAAUACUUUGCGUGGAUUUUUUGCGUACAGUGUCUGCAUUUGAGGGGGGAGUGGAAGGCAGCCAUAUAAGGUAGUGCUGGCGGUCCUCAGGCGUGUCUGCCCGCUGUCCAGCAGCCUAGAGGACAUUGUAACAGAACGAGGCGAAUUUGCCCGUCUCCUGAGCGCAGCCCCAGGAGGGCAGGCGCACCAGUGUUCCCGCUUUCCUGCUUCUGAAUCCCAUGCACUUUCCACGGGUGUGCGUGGAGAACAAAAAGCCCAAUCUCUGCCUUCACGAAACUCCACCCCUCUCUUUAGCCAGGUCGCUUUAAUAAGUGAAAUGCCCUUGAAUCUUUGAGACUUUGCUGAAGAGUUUACCACAUGGGGAGCCUGAAGGACUGAGGGCCCGGUUCAGUUUUUAGGAGUGGAGGGUGUGUUUUGGACUAUGAGCAUGAAGAUUUUUUCAACUGUAAUUGUUGGACGUAUUUUCUGUGUUACCACCAUUAGAGCAUAUAUCAUGUUUGUUCUUUAAAGACGAUUCUUAUCUGUCUCUGCCUGGCCAGUGGAUUAUAGAUCAGAUUCUAAUUUGAAAGUGUUCAUUUUGAAAGGAGUCAGGAGUCUGCUCUUUCUUCUGUACAGCUCCCUUUGAACCCCUGAGUCAUCGCUUCGUGACGCCGACGACGCGCAUGUGGGCAUCUGAGUGUCGCAGCACUUCAGCUCGGCUUGCAGCGCCUCGGAACCUUGGCGGAGUCUUAACGUCUUUGAUCUUUUAUUCCUUAGAUGAGGGGGCCAGUGUCCAGGAGGUUCUCUCAGAGAUCACCAACCAGAGGACUGUGCCCAGUAUCUUUGUGAAUAAAGUGCACGUGGGUGGUUGUGACCACACUUUCCAGGCACAUCAGAGUGGUUUAUUGCAGCAGCUCCUCCAGCAGGAUCCAGCGUACGACUACGACCUCAUCGUCAUCGGUGGGGGCUCUGGGGGCCUCUCGUGCGCUCAGGAAGCCGCCGUCCUGGGGAGGAAGGUCAUGCUGCUGGACUUUGUGGCCCCAUCCCCCCGCGGCACGUCCUGGGGUCUUGGGGGCACGUGUGUGAAUGCUGGCUGUAUCCCGAAGAAGCUGAUGCACCAGGCCGCGCUGCUAGGGCAGGCGCUGACCGACUCCAGGAGGUUCGGCUGGGAGUACAGUCAGCAAGUGAAGCACAGCUGGGCCACCAUGACUGAGGCCAUCCAGAGCCACAUCGGCUCACUGAGCUGGGGCCACCGGCUGGCUCUGCGGGAGAAGGCAGUGACCUACGUCAACUCCUACGGGGAGUUUGUUGAGCACCACAAAGUCAAGGCAACCAAUGAAAAAGGACAGGAGGCGUUUUAUACCGCUGCAAAGUUUGUCAUCGCGACAGGAGAGAGGCCGCGCUACUUGGGAAUCCAGGGAGACAAGGAGUACUGUAUCACCAGCGACGACCUGUUCUCACUGCCCUACUGCCCGGGUGCGACCCUGGUGGUGGGCGCGUCCUACGUGGCGCUGGAGUGCGCGGGCUUCCUGGCCGGCCUGGGCCUGGAGGUCACGGUGAUGGUGCGCUCGGUGCUCCUGCGGGGCUUCGACCGGGAGAUGGCCGAGAAGGUGGGCGCCUCCAUGCAGCAGCUCGGCGUGCGCUUCCUGCGCAAGUUCGUGCCCGUGGAGGUCCAGCAGCUGGAGAAGGGCCUGCCCGGGAGGCUGAAGGUAGUGGCUAAAUCCACGGAAGGGACAGAGACGAUGGAGGGCGUUUACAACACGGUUUUGUUAGCAGUUGGUCGUGACUCCUGUACGAAGAAGUUAGGGCUGGAGAAGAUUGGUGUGAACAUCAGUGAGAAGACGGGCAAGAUCCCGGUAAACGACGAGGAACAGACCAGUGUGCCCUACAUCUACGCUGUCGGGGACGUGCUGGAGGGCAAGCCGCAGCUCACCCCGGUCGCCGUGCAGGCAGGCAAGCUGCUGGCUCGACGGCUUUUCGGGGGCCGAUCAGAGAAGUGUGACUACGUCAGCGUCCCCACCGUGGUGUUCACGCCCUUGGAGUACGGCUGCUGUGGGUACUCAGAGGAGAAGGCUAGCGAGGUGUACCAGGCGGAGAAUCUGAAUGUCUACCACACUCUGUUCUGGCCUCUCGAGUGGACAGUGGCCUGCAGAGACAGCAACACUUGUUACGCGAAGAUAAUCUGCAAUAAACUGGAGAACGAUCGGGUGGUAGGAUUUCACGUCCUCGGACCGAACGCCGGGGAGAUCACGCAGGGGUUUGCCGCCGCCAUGAAGUGCGGGCUCACGAAGCAGCUGCUGGAUGACACCAUCGGGAUCCACCCCACGUGCGGAGAGGUGUUCACCACCUUGGAGAUCACCAAGGCAUCGGGACUGGACAUCACGCAGAAGGGCUGCUGAGGCUAGGCCCUGCCGCCCCGUCCUGUCCCGCCCCGCGCGGUGAGACGGCGCGUGUGGCUCAGAACGCCCGCGGGCUGCCCGGGGACAGGAGGCGGGACGGCGCGGGGGGCCCGCUGCCCGGCUGGGCUGGCGGGAGGGCAGGCUCGCUGCCUCCUUGACGUCUUUGCUCAGAGCCUCCAGGUGAGCCAAGACCGACCUCUGCCCGCCAGCUCCUCCGCAAGGCCUCUCUCGACUGACUCACCCAAGUCAGCGCUCCUGCUUGCUGCAGUUUGACCCCCUCCCUGUUGCUUCCGCGGAAACAGUCUCUGUUAUGAAACUGACUCCAGUGGGCGUGUUCAGCGUUUUGAGCUUCAGAGUAAUAUGAAAACAUUCUCAGUACUGUGUUAUGGGAAAUCUAAUUUAAAGUUAUUUAAAACGGUUCUGUUCACAGUCUGUUUACUCACAGCCUCGUUCAGCAAAUGACCAGGUGAUGUCAGGGGCUUCCCUUGGGGUGUGCAUGCCCGUCGGCAUCUAAAAGGGCUGGAGGUGGGAAACCUUCCCUGGGGAGGAGCCUGUUUCCUCCUGAGCAGACCUCCCAGCCCCAAGUCCAGGGUUCCAGACCACGGUGUGGUCCUGGGCUGCCGCCACCCACUGGCCCACUGGUCCUGUGGUCAGAACUUCUUUUUAAAAGAAACUUUAGGCCAGUAAGCAGUUCGGGGUCACCAUC